UAAAUGUAAAUAUGUAAUCAACUACCAAUAAUGCAUCUGUAUUAUUAAAAGAUUGAAAACUUGCAUGGAUUUCAAUAGUUCUAAACCACUUCUUUCAACUCCCACUAUUUUCUCUAGUAUUUUAUACUCAUAAUACUUCGACUAACUUCAUAUUUUAACCCCUUUUGUCUCAAUCAGCGGCGCCGCUCUCAAUAUCCGCCGUCUCCACCGCCUUUUCCACCAGAAGGAAUGAACUUUCUUAUUCAACACUCAGACAGUUUCCAUCACUCUGUUAUUAACUCAUUUCCUAUCUUCUUUGCCUUUGUUUUUGGGAUUUCGCUGCAAAUUGAAGAUUAUUUUACACUCUUUUUUUACCGUUUUGGUAAAACUAUGGCAUCCAUGUAUUUUGCUUGCUGUAGAUAUUGUUUUCGCGGUAAAAAUUUGCUGAAUCAAGUAUUGUGUAAUGCGUUUUGAUGCUAUAAUAUUAAGAUUGUGUUUCUGCAGAUUUUUGUAUGUGUAUAAUUAUAACCUAAAACCGAUUUAGUAUUGCAUAAUCUGUACUUCGGUUCCUGCAAAAUUUAGAAUGGCAUCAAAUUUUCCUAAAUUCAGUUUUUAUAGUGUUAGGGUUUGGAGACCUAUAUUUUGAUGAUGUAAAUGUAAAUUACACUUGCAAGUGUGUUACUUUGACCAGAUUAAUAUUUUGCUGCUUCUCUGAUCUCACUUUUUUUUACUUGGUUAAUGAUGAAGGUGUUAUUAAGUUGAGAGAUGAAAACUGCUAAUAAUUCGAAAAUGGGUGAAGAUUUCUUCAAAUAUCUACCAUCAGAAAUUGUAGUAAAUAUCCUCUCAAGACUCCCCACUCGAGCCGCUAUGGCCUGCAAGUGUGUUUGUAAGCCAUGGCUCAGUCUGCUCGUUACUCCCGAGUUUGUGAAUUCACAUAUUUCUAGAUCAGUCCCAGGCAUUGCUGUUGAAACACACUCGAAAUCAUAUGAAAUCAUUGAGUUUAUGGAUGAGCUUGACCUCAACUUUGAUGAGGAGCAUCGUUGGAAUGUGGCCUUCAACUUCGAACUCCCUUUUGAUGAGCCAAUGCAUAGUUCAGCCAAUGCUUUGAUCUUUCUAAGUGGCGUCGAUCAUGAUGAUCUUAUCCUGUGCAAUCCAAUCACACGUGACUAUAUCAAGCUCCCUUGUCCUCGACAACCUCCCCAAAAGAUCCGAUUGGCGUGGAGACUUAUGGAUUUGGACUUUGAUAGCUCGCUCAGGUUAUAUGAAGAUGUUGGAGUGGUAUAUCUGAAUGGAAAACUUCAUUGGUUGGUCGAGAAAAGAACAAAACCCUUUGUCACUUGUGUUUUGAGGGAUUGCCUCUGUGUAAGCGAUCUUUCAAUUGAUGAUAGCAUUGUAAUCUGGUUGAUGAAUGAAGAUGAGCAGUGUUGGACAAAGAAAUUUAUCAUCCCCGAAUUUGAUCCCCUUGAUGAUUUUCUUCAUGUUUGGCCAUUAAGAGUUUUCGAAAAUGGUGACAUUUUCAUGGAAUCGGAUGAUGGAAAGCUAUUCUACUACUCCAACAAGUUGAAAACUUUUGACUAUGACAUUGUGGUUCGAGAGGAUCAUGAUACUUACCUCCCUACGACCAUCUAUGCUUCAAGCUUUGUCUCUCUCAAGAGUUUUGUGAUGGAGAAUGUAAGCUCAUUUUGAGUUGUGACUGUAGUUUGAAUACUAUGAUAGUCGUUAAACCGUGGGCCUCUUUUGUAGGAUUGUCUUGGACCUCUUCGAAUAUUGAUUUCUUUUAGUUAAAUUGCAGUUCUUGGCA